GUAAGACUACAAGCUCAAGGAGGGGGAGUAGCUUAGGGGCAGGGCGUUCACUUCUUGCCCUCAUUCCAGGUCCUGCUGAGCAUUCGAGAGACUAGAAGGGCCCAGUGGAGGAUAGGGGUGUCCUGGAGCCUCCAUGCUCCUCCCAUACCCGGGAUAUUAUUGCCCUGCCACCACCCGGCACGCCCCACACUCACUCGACCUGCAGUGUCGUGGGCUUAAUCUUCACCUCCACCUUGUAGGAGGAGCCGGUGAGCAGCUUGAUUGUGCGGUUCUGGCCAAAACGCUGCCCGUCCACCUUGAAGAAAACAGGGCCGUCGUUGGGCUGGAUGCGCAGCGCGAUGGAAAGGCGCACGAGUCCGGGGAAGCGUGUUUAAUACCUGGAAACCCAUGUGGGUUGUACUGUUAGAAGAUGGAAUUGAGUUUUAUAAAAAGAAAAGUGACAACAGCCCCAAGGGGAUGAUCCCGCUGAAAGGAAGUACUCUCACUAGCCCUUGUCAAGACUUUGGCAAACGGAUGUUUGUGUUAAAAAUCACUACAACCAAACAGCAGGACCACUUCUUCCAGGCAGCCUUCCUGGAGGAGAGAGACGCUUGGGUUCGGGAUAUCAAGAAAGCCAUUAAAUGCAUUGAAGGGGGCCAGAAGUUUGCAAGAAAAUCCACAAGACGGUCCAUUCGCCUGCCAGAGACAAUUGACUUGGGGGCUUUGUAUCUGUCUAUGAAAGACCCUGAAAAAGGAAUAAAGGAACUGAAUCUGGAGAAGGACAAGAAAGUUUUUAAUCACUGCCUCACAGGUAGUGGUGUCAUUGACUGGCUGGUUUCUAACAAGCUAGUUCGGAAUCGCCAGGAAGGCCUCAUGAUCUCCGCUUCCCUGCUCAGUGAAGGCUACCUGCAGCCUGCUGGAGAUCUGUCCAAGAAUGCAGCAGAUGGCAUAGCUGAAAACCCUUUCCUGGACAACCCUGAUGCUUUCUACUACUUUCCAGACAGUGGAUUCUUCUGUGAGGAGAACUCCAGUGAUGAUGAUGUCAUUCUGAGAGAAGAAUUCAGAGGGGUUAUCAUCAAGCAGGGAUGUUUACUGAAGCAGGGGCACCGGAGGAAAAACUGGAAAGUGAGAAAGUUCAUUCUGAGAGAAGACCCAGCCUACCUGCACUACUAUGACCCUGCUGGGGGUGAAGAUCCCCUGGGAGCAGUCCACUUGAGAGGCUGUGUGGUGACUUCAGUAGAGAGCAGUCACGAUGGUAAGAAGAGUGACGAAGAGAACCUCUUUGAGAUCAUCACAGCAGAUGAAGUUCAUUAUUACUUGCAGGCAGCCACUUCCAAGGAGCGUACUGAGUGGAUCAAAGCCAUCCAGGUGGCCUCACGGACUGGGAAAUGAGGACACUGAGAAUCACCGGGGAGAAUCUGACUGGCCAAGAUUCUACAACCAGUAUAACAGAGAUGGAAUUCAAGGCCAGACUUUGAACUUUGAGUCGGCAUUCUGCUUUGUCUUCACCUUCCUCACAUGCUUUUGGGGUGCAUCAUUUUAUGUAUUGUUUAUUUAAUAUUCACUGAAUCAAGAGUUCUCAAGCUUUGUGGGUCUGUUCCCCACACACCAGCACUAAAAUAAAACAAUAUUGUGCCUGUAUAACUUUCUAUGGGAAGUCUAGAGACCUUACAGAUAGUCCAGAAAGUCUCAAGGCUGGAGGAGGAUGAGGCCUUUCAUUCCUUUGUAUUCUGAGUUCUCCCUCCUGUUUUCUUCUCACCUGAAUAAAACAAUUACCAUGACACUUCACACCACACACAAGGCAUCAGCCUACAAGUGUCCAUUGCUCUUCUGCCCUUCUGCUCAAUGUCAUUUCUCCAAUGAAAAAGAAUGUCAGCUGAGUCCUUAGAAAAUCUGAGCCUGAGAUAGAGCAAGGAGGGAAUGAAAUGUAUUAAGAAGGGGAAAGAACGAUACUAAAAUAGACAAAAGUGCUAGGAAGUAGAGUUGGGUGAGGUAACUUCAAUGCAAGUUUAACUACGGGAUUGGCCUGGAAAGCAUAGCAAGGGGUCAUCUUCCCCCGACCAAACAGGGCAUCAGGUUCUCUGUCUUGUGUGGAGAAGUGACUCAAAGUGACAAUACAUUUAUGGUCUAAUGAACAGUAAUGUAUGCUCUCUCUAAUUGUUCAGAGUCUUAUAAGGAAAAAAGACAGAAAGAUCAGAGACAAGGGACUCUUGGAAAGAAGCAUAAGGAUGGACAUCUGGGAGUGGGUGUAAAGUGUGAGGAUGUGUGUGUCACAGUCUAAUAAUCCCAGAAGCUUCCAUCCCAAAUCACUUGGCCUGUAAUCACCAUAGCCCUAGCACAAAUGACACAUGAAUGGUUACCCAUAGGUAACCAUUGGUAUAUCACAGUGGUGGAUAUAGAGGUCAUAUACAGGGACAACAGCAUUGGCUUCAACUUUCCAACCUUAUUUAGCUAUUGCCACCUCUGAGUGUCCAGCACAUGACUAGUGAAGACCAGUGCUGAACACUGUGUGGUAUUCUUCAAGGAAAUGAACAAGUUAUUUGAUAAGUUGGCUGUAUUUCAUUCUGAAUACUUUGUCCUCACAAGAACAGAUGCUGAAUCUAGCUGUGGAUUUCUGUUUCUUAUUCAGAGUAUUCUAUUUAUAGACAAGGCUCCACAUACUAUAACGUUUAGUUAGAAAGUUAUUGUAGAUGGGAAAAGAAAAUAAACCCAUUUUUUAUGGGUCUAGCAUAUCCUUCAAUUCCUUAAUCCCUCAAUCACAUUAUUUCCCUGAGUUGCUGCCUAGCUCACCAGUUACCAAUUCUUAAUUCAUGUUAAGAACAUUCUUCUUGUAUAUUCAUAUUUCUGUGUUUAGAUCAGAACCCUACCAUUUACUGUGUAGAUCCCCUUCAAGAGCUUCCAAAUGGACUUCCAUACCCCAUAACUAUAUCCAAUCUACUUUAUAUAUAUUUAUCACUAAACUCUAUAUGAAAUAGAGGAACCUUAGAUAUAUAAUGUUGCUUACCUUCCAAACUUUAGCUCGUCUCCAAUGUUUCCAUUGCUUGUACCAUAGAAUCUAAAGUUGGUGAACUGUAAUGGUUAAUAAUGUUAACUUGACUAAACUGGGAGAUGCUUAAUGUGUAGGGUAUCAGUUUAGCACAUAUGUAAAUAUGCCUGUAAGGAGAAUUUUAAAAGAUAACUAAUUCAUGAUAGCUCUGACUAAGUGAAUGGAUAGUUUAAUCCAUUGGUAGAUUCAAGACUAUUAGGAGGUAGUGGAACUUUGCAAGUUGGAGGAAGAAUGUGGGUGUAUCCUUCCGCAGGUAUAUCUGGGCCUCUCCUGUUAUCACUCUGCAAUGACUCCUGUCUGCCUUAAUGUGCCCUGCCCUGGUUCACUACACUCAAUGACUGUGGUGGACUGAAACGCUUAAAUCUGUGAACUGAAAACAACUUCUUCUAAGUUAUUUCAGAUGGUCAUUUUGUCACAGCAUCAAACAAAGCACAUAAACUCGUACAUAAGCAAGGGGUGUCCUUGUUGGUCAAACAUUAAUUUUCAUAAAAUUAUGAAAUAAUUUUAUGAGUAAGAUGGGAGUAAGAUGGGAAACUUAAUACAAUCUUAUAAUAAAACAGAAAAGUAAACAAAUAGCUGGACAGGCAAGACAUGUCCACUGGUGGCAUAGGGACAUUACUCGUAGGGGUGUAACCAAUGGCUUUCUCAUAGGAUCUGAGACCUACUCUCUGGAAGGAAGACAAUUCGUGUACUAUUGGUCAAAUGCCUGUGUCUAGGGAGGACAUAAGCCCGGUCAGGGAUGGUAUUUCUAUUGUUUUGCUAAAUACUCAUGUCCUGUCUAUCAAAUUGUCCUUGAAAAGACCUCUAGUUUCAUGAGUCCCAAAGCUAAGAAUGUCCUCAGAUAAAAUUAAAUGCCUACUUUGCUGUAAUCCUUAUAACCUAUCUGAUGUUUCUACCAAUGUAUUUGAAAAAAAAAAAUGCCUUGAUUUAGGACUUUGUUCUGUUACUGUGAAAAUGCAUGUAAGUGAUACAACACUGUAGCAGGGUUUUUGGGAAGCCUCAAUCUAUAUUCCCAAGCCAUAGUCACUCAUAUUUUGCUCUAGAAUAAACUCUAAACUUUUAUUCCUUUGAA